AUGUGUCGUCUCCUGGUAUACAAAGGCAGGCAUGAGAUUCGUCUCAGCAAGCUAGUCACGGAGCCAAGCCAUUCCAUCCUCACCCAGUCCUACGACUCCCGUUUAAGACUAGACAACCGCCGCCCCGUCAACGGCGAUGGCUUCGGUGUAGGCUUUUACACGGACCCCAAACUAGGUCCAGAGCCAUGCAUCUUCACAUCGACGCUCCCAGCCUGGAAUUGCGAGAACUUAGAGCGCCUAGCUUCUAAGACAUGCUCGAAUCUAAUCUUCGCGCACGUGCGCGCAACCACAGAGGGAACCCUCUCCGACACGAACUGCCACCCUUUCCAGCAUAGCACGCUGAUGUGGAUGCACAACGGCAACGUCGGCGGCUGGCAGUACAUCAAGCGGCCGCUGGCCGACUCGCUCGCAGACAAAUGGUUCCUCGGCGUCAAGGGUGGGACGGAUAGCGAGUGGGCAUUCGCGCUAUUCCUUGACCUUCUCGAGAAAGAAGGUGUGGACCCUAGCUCUGAUCCCGGCCCGGGAGGGUUCGGACAAGCGCUGCUGCGUCGGGUGAUGGUGAAGACGAUUGCCAAGAUCAAUGAGUUCAUUCGCGACAUUCCCAAGAGACAUAAUGUGUCGAAUGUGGAGACUCGCAGUUUGCUCAACUUUGCUGUUACGGAUGGGCAGACGGUUAUCUGUACGAGGUAUAUCAGUAGUAAGACGGAUGAACCGGCUAGUUUGUACUUUUCGUCCGGGACGAAAUGGGUGGAGGGGAAGGAUAAGGGACAUUUCAAGAUGGAGAGGCAUGAUAAGGGAGCUGAUAUCGUGCUUGUGGCUAGUGAGCCGAUUACAUUUGAGAGACACAACUGGGUCUCCGUCCCUGCUAACUCCAUCGUCACCAUCCACAAGCAAACCGUCCUGCUACAUCCCAUCAUGGAUGAGUUCUACGUCGAGGACCUGAACCAGGACCGCUCCUCCUGCUACGCCGUGUCCAAGGGCCUCGUUAGCACAGCCCCUGGGACAACAGUGCAGCCCCGUGAUGCAGGGGCUGUUGACACCAAUGCCGGUGCUAUCCAUGGCAAUGGGUCUGCGCUGGAUUCGCAGCAAAUCAAUCUCGCAAACAAGUGCGCUUUAUCACAUUGA